GUGGUGUUCACCUUUCAUUCUCUCGCCGUUCCCGCGCCACGGCAUCGCAUCGCGUCCGUUGGAUCUCCAAUUUGCUCCCUCGUCCACCGUUGACGACCACAUGCCUCCGCGCCUCCCAGCUCACGCUAACCGGGCCGAGCCAGGCGUCGCGGGUUUCCCCUGGCAGGCCCCCAGCGGAUCGCUCCGCUGUCGGGACCCACCUCGCCCGCGGUCCAUUUCCCCCUCCCUUCCUCCGGUUUCCCGCGGCUCAUCAUUUCUUUCCAUCUAUAAAUCAGACCGCUUUUCUCCGGCUCCAACUAUAUUAAUCUCUCCCUCCCUCCUCGCCCCAUCUCCAUAGCCCCUCCUCCUCUUUUUCUGGAGAUGAAACAUGGGUUGCGCGGCGAACCAGACGAGCGAAGCCGAGGACGAGGGGAGGAGGCGGAGAGGGCAAAACCAGAGGCCGGCAUGGCUGGAGCAGCUCUUGAGCACCGACUUCUUCGGGCCGUGCGAGGCGCACAAGGACAUAAAGAAGAGCGAGAUCAACAUCUACUGCGUCGACUGCCGCUGCAGCAUGUGCGCCAACUGCCUCUCCCUGCCGUCCUCCCCUCACCGCCGCCACCGCCGCCUCCAGAUCCGCCGCUACGUCUACCAGGACGUCGUCCGCGUCCUUGACAUCCAUAAACUUCUCGAUUGCUCCAAAGUCCAGUCUUAUACGGUGAACAGUGCCAAGGUGUUAUUCCUCCACCCCCGGAAUCAAUCGAAGUCGUCCAAACCCAACCCCGGCAGCCCUCUUUGCAACAUGUGCAGUCGCUCCGUUGCCGAGCCCAAUCGCUACUGCUCCGUCGCCUGUAAGGUGUUCGACGAUUCCAAGGACGCAUCCACCGCCCCCGUUGAUGAGUCCGACCGAUCAGAGCCGUGCUUACCGCAUCUGACGUCUGACUUCGAGGACGAGCCCGAUGCUGAAGCGUCCGACGCGAGCCAGGAUGGGAGUCCCGACUCGCCUCGCCCCGGUUGGAGGACACGUGUCAGGAAAGGAGUUCCCCAAAGGUCGCCAUUCUUCUAAUUGAAUCCAACCUACUUACCAUUUGUUUAGCCGUCGAAUCAAUAAAUGCUUAGUAAAUAAAUAGCUAAUUAAACGCAUAUCAUCA